GGGUUAAAGAUGGGGCCAGCCCUACAAACGAGCGCACACAUUCCUCACUCAGACCCACCCGGUCACACGCGUUUCCCCGUCACUUAACGGGUGGAGGGGCCAGGAGCCGGGCCGGGCCUGCGCCCGUUCCAACCCAGGCUCUGCCGCCGGGCUUUGGGAGGUCGCGGACCCCACUGUCUCAACUCACACCUCAGGAGCCCCCUGUCCUACGCACACACGGGCUCCGGCGCGCGCACACACCUCGGACAUUCCCAUAGUGCCUCACGUGACCCGCGGCCCGAACGUGCCCACCCUUCACACACGCUCACGCACGCGUGCACCCACGCACACACAAAACACACACGGCCACUUCCCAACUCCAUUCCGACCCCCACCCGCAGCCCCGCUAAGGCACUCAUUGACUGUGACACACCUACACUCAUUCACAGACACACACAUUCCCCCACACAUGCCAACCACAGACACAUUCAUAAACAGGGCCGGGAGAAGUACACACGCACCCCCUCGCCGAGCCUACUCUUUCAGGAGCCCUGAGUCAUUCCUGCCCCCUCCCGGAGCUCCCCUUGUCUCUAUGUGCAGGCCCCCAGGGGGACCUUGGGAAUUCUUCGGCAGCCCUCUUCACCUGGGCCCUGGCCCUCUCCGGGAGGUCCCUUCCCCUCUGUGCACCCUCUGACACUCUGCGUGGACUUUUCCUGUGUGUCUGAGGUCAGGGGUGAGGAGGGCCUGGAGGGUUGCCACAGCCCCAGUGUGAGUGGGGGAGGCAUUUCCUUUUCCUGAACUCUGGGAUCCGGCAGGAGGAAGCUGGGGAGCUGGGCGGGGUCCAGCAGAGGAUGUGCUGACAGUGGUAGGGCUGACCCUCCCAGGAGCACUGAGCCUUCCUUAGUGGGGAGCCUGGGGUGCCGGAGACCUAGGAUGAGGAGCUUGGAUGAGAGGAGGCCCAGGGGGUGCCGCAGCCCAGGCCCUUGCCAUGGAGUCCAUGUUUGAGGAUGAUAUCAGCAUCCUGACCCAGGAAGCCUUGGGCCCCAGUGAGGUGUGGCUGGACGCUCCCGGAGACCCCUCGCUGGGGGAAGACAUGUGCUCCGCCUCGCACUUUGCCCUCAUCACAGCCUAUGGAGACAUCAAGGAGCGGCUGGGGGGCCUGGAGAGGGAGAAUGCCACCCUCCGCCAUCGCCUCAAAGUCUAUGAGAUCAAGUAUCCGCUGAUCAGUGACUUUGGAGAGGAGCAUGGCUUCUCUUUGUAUGAAAUCAAGGAUGGCUCCCUGCUGGAGGUGGAGAAGGUCAACCUACAGCAACGGCUCAACCAGUUCCAGCAUGAGUUGCAGAAGAAUAAAGAACAGGAAGAACAGCUCGGGGAGAUGAUCCAGGCUUACGAGAAACUCUGCGUGGAGAAGAGUGACCUGGAGACAGAGCUGGGGGAGAUGCGGGCCCUGGUGGAGACCCACCUGCGGCAGAUCUGUGGUUUGGAGCAGCAGCUGCGGCAGCAGCAGCAAGGCCUCAGGGACACCGCCUUCUCCAGCCUGAGCCCCCCGCCUGCCUCGGCCCCACCCUGUGCCGAUCUGGACCUGCACUACUUGGCUCUGAGAGGGGGAUCUGGCUCAGGUCACGCAGGCUGGCCGGGCCCCACGCCGCUGAGUGUGAGUGAGCUGGAGCGCAGGCGCCUGGAGGAGGCUCUGGAGGCUGCCCAGGGAGAAGCCCGGGGGGCUCAGCUUCGGGAGGAACAGCUCCAAGCCGAGUGUGAGCGGCUACAGGGGGAGCUGAAGCAGUUGCAGGAGACCCGGGCCCAGGACCUGGCCUCCAACCAGUCGGAGCGGGAGAUGGCAUGGGUCAAAAGAGUUGGAGAUGACCAGGUGAAUUUGGCGCUGGCUUACACGGAGCUGACAGAGGAGCUGGGCCGGCUCAGGGAGCUGAGUUCCCUGCAGGGGAGAAUCCUGAGGACCCUGCUGCAGGAGCAGGCCAGGAGCAGCGGCCAGAGGCACUCACCUUUGUCACAGCGCCACUCUCCGGCCCCCCAGUGCCCCUCGCCGUCCCCGCCUGCCCGAGCAGCGCCCCCCUGUCCCCCGUGCCAGUCCCCGGUCCCCCAGCGCCGUUCCCCUGGGCCCCCGUGCCCCUCGCCCCAGCAGCGCCGCUCGCCCGCCUCGCCCUCCUGCCCGUCGCCCGUCCCGCAGCGCCGAUCACCGGUGCCGCCGCCAUCGUGCCAGUCCCCCAGCCCUCAGCGCCGGUCCCCGGGGCCCCCAGCCUGCCCGGCCCCGCAGCCCCGGCCUCCGCCGCCCCUCCCACCGCCAGGGGAGAGGUCGCUGGCGGAGCGCGCCUACGCCAAGCCGACCAGCCACCACGCGAAGGCUGGCUUCCAGGGCCGGCGCAGCUACUCGGAGCUGGCCGAGGGCUACGCGAGCGCCUCUCCGUCCUGGCUGCAGGCCGAGGCAGCCACGCUGCCCAAGCCACGGGCCUAUGGCGCCGCGGAGCUCUACGGCCCUGGCAGGCCGCUCAGUCCACGGCGCGCCUUCGAGGGCAUCCGCCUGCGCUUCGAGAAGCAGCCGUCGGAGGAAGAGGAGUGGUCCGUGCCCCCCAGCCCAUCCAGCCCCGAGGCGGGCACCAUACGCUGCGCCUCGUUCUGCGCCGGCUUCCCCAUCCCCGAGUCACCCGCAGCCACGGCCUAUGCCCACGCCGAGCACGCACAGUCCUGGCCGUCCAUCAACCUGCUGAUGGAGACAGUGGGCUCUGACAUCCGCAGCUGCCCCCUCUGCCAGCUCGGCUUCCCUGUCGGGUACCCGGAUGACGCCCUCAUCAAACACAUUGACUCCCACCUGGAGAACAGCAAGAUCUAGGGUGCCUCUCCCACCCACUGGCUGUCUCUCUGCCCUCUCCCAUCACCCCCAAGCACUCACUCACCUUGAAUGCUGCAUGAAUCUCGUGGGGGGGCCCUGCCCCUUGCGACCCCCAGAGACCUCCACUAGCUGCCGAGUCGACGAGUCAACGCGUGUGCUGUCUUCCCCGGCCUGGGCGCCGCUCAGCCCUGGCUCUUCCCGGGAGGCCGGCCGAGGCUCUCCCCAGCUCCCUGGCUUCCAACAGGAGAGGGGGGAUCAGGGCUGGGAACGGGGGAGGGGGCGCCUCACCCAGCCUCUCCCUCUGCCUUUCUGUUCUCAAACACGGUUGGAUCCAAGGGGGUGUCUAGUGCUUGGGCCUGGGGUAGAGGGAGGGUAUCAGAGGACUCCAGGAGCCCCCCCAGCCCCUCCCCCUCCCCAGACAUCCGUCUUUCUCAGGCCGGGCCCUGCCCAAGGAGCAUUUCCCUGUGGGUUCCAGAGCCCGCCCUGCACACCAGUGCCAGUUCCUCCAGCCCGUGGCUGGCUCGGGGCUUGUGGCACGGGCUGCCGCUGGGGGAAGGAGACACCUUGGUUCUUGCCAUUUUCUGCAGGCCAGCCCAGUUCUCCCCCUCUGCCCGCCCUGGGGAACAGGGAGGGUGGGAGAGGAGGGGGGGCCCUGGAGGGCUGGGAGGGUAUAGCCUAAAGAGGCUGCCCUGUGGGCCGGGGGUCCCUGCACCAUGACCCUCAGGCCAGGGGAUGCUCUGUGCCAACCUUCUAGGCCCGUGCCGCCCCCCUGGACCCCCCCUCCGGCACCGAGGCACAGAUUGUCAUGGCAGUCGCUCCCCUCCCCUCUGGCCCCGCCAGAGCUCCUGACACCAACAGGUGCACUGCAGCCUGCGUGCAACUCAGCCGCUGUUAGCUGGGUGGGUGUCAUCAGCCCUGCGUCCCAGGCCAGAGCCUGAGGGUGGGCCCAGGGUGCUGUGGAGAGCAAAUUCAAAAGAGCUAACCCCUUUCCCACACCCCAGCGACCCACAUUCCCUCUGUGAAAUCUACCUCAGAGUCGUACCCUCAGAAGGAUGGGUAAGCAGGAGGCCAGGGGGUCCGGGGGCUGAGGUGGGGAGCUUCCUACAGCAAGAGCCUGCCACCCACGAUGAAUCCACCCCUCCCCCCACUGCCAGCCUCUCCUGGCCCCCAGCCGGGCGGGCCGGCGGCAGUGGGCGCUACUGUCAGUGCAUGCACCAUUCUGAUCCAACUCUUCCAGGCCCCCCGCCUCCUCACACGCCGCCUCCUCAGCGCAGAGGAGCGAAGGGGUGUAUCAGGUGGGGAAGGGGCCAAGGACUCCGGAGACACGGGGCAUUGUACCUUGAAUGUCCCCCCAAGGAGGGGAGAUGGGGAAGGGGGAGUGCGGAGGGGAGGUGGGGGCCCCUGCGCCCCCUGAACAAGUUGAAAGUCCAAAUAAAACUUACCUGUUCCAUCUG